CCUUCCUCUAACGUAUAAAUGCUCGUCAGAAGUUCGUGAAACUUAUUCAUCGAGUAUAAUCCGCAAUGUCGCCUCCAAGACGUCUGAAGAUCUUAUCGCUAGAUGGUGGAGGGAUAAGGGGGAGAUCAAGUCUCGAGAUCCUCAAGACAAUCAUGUAUAGGGUUGGGGCUAGCAUGUCGCCUCCGAACAUGAAUUUACAGCCUUACGAGUAUUUCGAUCUUAUUGUCGGAACGAGUACAGGCGGCAUCAUCGCAAUUAUGCUUGGACGAUUGCGCAUGACUAUUGACGAGUGCAUUGCAGAAUAUAACAAGCUUGGCGAAAAGAUCUUCAAAAACCGACGAGGUCCGCCUCACGAGUUCAUGUUCUCUGGAUCGAAUCUUGAGCAUGAAAUAAAAGGUGUCAUAGAGCGAAAGCUUGGCCCUGAUCAGACCGAUGCUCCACUUCUUGAUCCGCUGGGGAUUGACUGCUGCAAAGUUGUUGUGUGUACGUUGUUCCACCAAAAUGUGAACUCAUCAACACCGCAGCUCUUGCGAUCAUAUGUUGCUCCUCAUGACGGGCCUCAGCCUCCAUGUACGAUCUGGCAAGCGGCAAGAGCCACGUCGGCAGCACCGACCUACUUCAAGCCCAUAGAUAUAGGGGGAGAUCCUCCCACCAGAUGCGUUGAUGGUGGUAUGAAGUUCAACAAUCCUUCUAUCCACGCCCUUAAUGAAGCUCGUGACUAUUGGGGAAAGCGACGUCGCUUGGACCCAGCCGUCUGUGGAGUUGGUCUGUUCUUGAGUAUUGGAACCGGCAUGGCAAAAGUCAACCGGCUGGAGGCUGAGACGUUUGUGCAAAGAAUGUCCAGCAAAAUGGGGUUGCCGCCCAAGACGAUUGAAGCCAUGGUUGGUAUCGGUUCAGACACGGAGUCCACGCACGCGUCCAUGCUACGAGAAGACUCGUUGGACGGCUCGUACUUUCGCUUCAAUGUCGAGCAAGGCUUGCAAGACGUGGAACUUUUCGAGUACAAGAAGCUGGAGAACAUCGUCGUCGAUACGAAGAACUACUUGCAAGUUCGCACGCGAGAGUUGGAUGACUGCGUUGACAGGAUGGUGUCCUUACGUCUCAACCCCUUUCCAUUAGCGGAGAGAGACGAUCUGGAGGAGCAGUACGGGGCGAAAGGAUCGGAAAGAGACGAGGAGCAUCUAAAAAAGCGUCUGGCUGCGCUGAGAGACAUCAAAGUUGAAGCUUUUUACGAACAUGAAAAAGAAUUCGAAGGCAGCGCAAGGAUGUUUUCACAGACCGGGGACAUCCGUUCCCACGCGCCUUAUAUUUGGCCCUCAGUUGUCUUGGCCGAUCUCCUUGAUCGGCAAGCCGUAUUGAUGUGGGGUCACACGGUUCAACAACACCAUCUCGACAGUGACCCGGCAGUCAAGCUUAGCCACCAGGUGCUCGGCCUCAUUGAAGCCAAUCAAAAAUGGCACCAGGCUUUCGAGAUCUAUCGCAGACUGUUUCACUCGACCAGGCUGAUGUGGGGAAGAGAGAGCAAGGAGCAUUGCUGGGUUUCCAACAGGCUUGGCAAGAUCUUGCAGCGAUGGGGCCUCGUUCGAGGCGCCUUCGCCAUGUAUUGCAUUGCCAAAGACGGGAGGAUCAGGACGCUGGGGCCGAGGGCCCAUGCGACAGAAGAGAGUCUCGAGCGGUUUGAACAGACCCGUGUUCUCGUGCGGGAACAGGACGAGAGAUUCGAUCGGAACUCAAUCGCGGACAGCACUCCUGCGCAACUGUCGUCAAUAGUUACUGAGCUCGUAUAGCGUCAGCUGGUGGGAUUUCGGUGCUCCAUGCUACCCUUUGAUGGUUUCAUAAUAGGUCGCGCUGCUGCAAGCACCUGCCUUUUAAAAGCAACAUUAACAAUUUGAUCUUUGAACGCUUAUGUACUUAUAGCCAUAUGAUUCGAAGCAUCCAUGCUUUGAUGCUCAAGAAAAUGACCUAACUCUGGAAUUUGCACGAACGAGGAGCAUUAAGUGACAGCUCUCCGCGUCGCUCAUCACUGUCCAU